AUGAGGAUUUCUGCCCAUUUACACCAAGUUGCUUUCGCGGCUUUGCUCCUGUGUGUGUGUGUUCAGGUUUGUGCCAUACCUCCAGAAUGUGAUCCAGACUUUGUGCUUCUCAAAGAGGAGGAAAACUGCUACAGUAUCAUCCACCAAGAGAACCUGACAGAGACUGUUCCCACAUAUUCUGGUUGCAGUGGAUUUUGGGAUCAUCUGAACUGUUGGCCUCAUGCUGAGGUCGGAGAAACCGUGUCACAGCCAUGCCCAAAGAUCCUAAGGGUCAAAGGAGUUGUGAUGAGAAACUGCUCUGAGAAUGGCUGGACAGAAACAUUUCCCCCUUAUGAGCUGGCCUGCGGCCAUUCACUCAACGACAGCUUUCAUUUUCCCACUGAUGCGGUGCUUGUCUCACACGAAUAUUUCUUUUAUGUGAGGAUUAUGUAUUCCGUUGGAUACACCAUCUCCCUUGUCUCACUCAGCAUUGCUUUCAUGGUGCUGUGUGUUUUCAGGAAGCUCCACUGUACUCGUAAUUUUAUCCACAUGCAGCUUUUUUUGUCCUUCAUUCUAAGAGCCAUUUUCAUCUUCAUUAGAGAUGCUGCACUGCAUUACUCACAGGAGUACUACCACUGCAACUCUCAUCCGCCUGGCUGCAAAGUGGCGCUGUUUCUGUCUAAUUACUGCAUCCUGGCAAAUUACAGCUGGCUGCUGGUGGAGGGUCAUUAUCUACAUUGCCUCAUUAACCUCUCACUGCGUUCACAGAAGAAACGCCUGCACUGGUACAUCCUGCUCGGCUGGGGAGUCCCACUGCUCAUUAUCAUUAGCUGGAGUUUGGCCAAAUACCUGCACCAGAAUGAAGGAUGUUGGGAGACAAGAGAUCAUGGUUGGAUAUGGUGGAUACUCCGAGUUCCAGUCAUAAUUUUUAUCACUGUAAACAUGCUGUUUUUUCUAAGUAUUAUUCGGACAUUAGUUGGAAAAUUGAAAGCUCCAGACAUGCGUGGAAAUGUGAUUAAUCAUCACAGGAAGCUGGCGAAAUCUACAUUUCUGCUGGUGUCUCUGUUUGGGCUGCAGUAUGUCCUCUUCGCAUUUUUCCCUGAUACAGUGAGCGUCCUAACCUUCAAGAUAUGGAAUGUCACAGAGCUUGCAUUAGCAUCCACACAGGGCUUUAUUGUGGCACUGCUGUACUGUUUUUUGAAUGGAGAGGUACAGUAUGAAGUUCAAAGACGAUGGAGACGGUGGCGCCUGAAGCAACAUUUACAUGGUGAUCCCAGAGUGCAUCAUGGCUCUCUAAGUAACAGUGGCCUGCCGCUGACACAGGUCUCACUGCUGACACGUCCAAGCACCUAG